UAUCUGUGUGUAUAUUUAGAUAUCAGUGUGUAUUUGAUGAUAUAUGUGUGUAUAUUAAGAUAUCGGUGUGUAUUUGGUGAUAUCUGUGUGUAUAUUAAGAUAUCGGUAUAUAUCGGUGUGUAUUUCGUGAUAUCCGUUUGUAUAUUUAGAUAUCAGUGUAUAUUUAGAUAUCUGUGUGUAUAUUUAGAUAUCUGUGUGUAUUUUGUGAUAUCAGUGUGUAUAUUUAGAUAUCGGUGUAUAUCGGUGUGUAUUUGGAGAUAUCUGUGUGUAUAUUUAGAUAUCAGUGUGUAUUUGGUGAUAUAUGUGUGUAUAUUAAGAUAUCGGUGUGUAUUUCGUGAUAUCUGUAUAUCGGUGUGUAUUUUGUUAUAUCUGUGUGUAUAUUUAGAUAUCGGCGUGUAUUUGGAGAUAUCUGUAUGCAUAUUAAGAUAUCAGUGUGUAUUUGGAGAUAUCUGUGUGUAUAUUAAGAUAUCGGUGUGUAUUUGGUAA